GCUUCCUCGGACCGGCGCCAUGGCUACGGCGGGAAGGGUGCAGGGAGGAGCUUUGCAGGGAGGGGCGCGCGGCCGCCGAUGGACCCCAAUCGGGGUGGAGCCCAGUCCAAGGUGAGCAUGCUUAUCAAUGCUCACCGGACGAGUGGCUGGAGUCGGGAGCUCACGGAGCUGGCAGAGCAGAUGCAGGCUUCCUUGGAUGAGCGCCGUGACGCUAUAGAGCCCGGUUCCUGGGCUGACAAAUUGUUUCAGCUGUGCCAUGCAAUUCUUGAGGAUGAGAGCGAGGAACGCUUUAUGGAGCUGGUGGAGCGCUAUCUGGGCGCUGACUCGUUGCGCCAGGCGGUGAGCAACAGGUACUGGCAGUCCUGGCGCCGGGGCGGGUACGAGCGCUAG